AUGGCUCCCAAUAUCACCGAGCAGGAGGUCACCGUCGUUAGCAACUGUCAGAAUGGCACGGCAGUUCGACAGCGAGUAGGCGACGCCAAUCUAGUCACCAGUGACGAUAAUAAUAAUCAACUAACGAAAAGCCAACCAGUGCAGCAGAAGCAGCCGGAUGAUUUUCGGGCGCAGAUCCGAUGGCCUGAUUUUUUCGCACAGUUGUUCCUGCACGUAGGAUUCCUGAUAGGCGUGUGGCAGCUAGUGACACUGCAGGCUAAGUUCUACACCGCCGUGUGGACACUACUACUGGUAUGGGGAUCCGGCUUUGGAAUCACAGCCGGUGCCCACCGGCUCUGGUCGCACAAGUCGUACAGAGCCAAGGUACCACUGCGAAUACUGCUGAUGUUCCUAUUCACCAUUUGUGGGCAGCGUGAUGCCUACACGUGGGCGCACGAUCACCGGGUGCACCACAAGUACUCGGAGACGGAUGCGGAUCCGCACAACGCAAAGCGUGGUUUCUUCUUUGCCCACGUCGGGUGGGUAUUUCUGACGCCCCAUCCGGACGUGGUAGCCAAGCGGAAGGUCAUCGAUAUGAGCGAUCUGGAGGCCGAUCCGAUCGUUAUGUGGCAGAAGAAAUACUACCUUCCGCUGUUCGCCCUGCUCGUCAUCGCAUUCCCGGUGCUGGUUCCCUACUACUACUGGUCGGAAAAUCUGUGGGUCGCCUUCUGGGUGUGCUUCACACUGCGCUUCACCACCACCCUCAACAUCGCCUUUUUCGUGAACAGUGUGGCACACAUGUUCGGCAAUCGACCGUACGAUAAAACAAUCAGCCCGGUGGAAAACCUGUCAGUCGCAAUCGCGGCGAUGGGUGAAGGCUGGCACAACUACCACCAUGUUUUCCCGUGGGAUUACAAAACCGGGGAGCUGAAGGGUUACAUGUUUAAUGUGACGACCGGUUUCAUCGAUGUUUUCGCACGGAUCGGAUGGGCGUACGAACGAAAAUCUGUUUCCCCGGCGAUCGUGGAAAGGCGUGCGGCCAAGUAUGGCGACGGAACACGCUUCCUGACCGAUGAGUUCGCACACAAGGAUGCCGUGUGGGGUUUCGGCGAUCGGGAUAUUCUGCCGGAGGAUGUAGAUGAUAUCGUGCGAUUACAAGAAUGAGUAUUUGUGUGUGAAUAGGAGCCAUGUUUUGGCAUCGGAGUCAAGUUCAAUCGGUAAAGCUUUAGUCACCGGAAACGGAACCCCAAGAUGCAUUAUUUACACGUAUGUUAGAUGUAAGCGGUACAUUUUAUGAAAAAAAUUAGUGAAGGAGUCCGGUAACUCCUAAACACAGUGCAUUAUUGGAAAAUAAGUUUGAAAAGUGUUUACUAAUGUGCCGUGGAAGCACACGUAAAGUUCCACUAUUUGUCAGGGAAAUCAACUGAAUGUCGGUACUAAAACAGUGUCUAUUUUUCUAAAAAUAUCACUUUUCUAAAUAUUCACGCAA